AAAUACUCGUCGUCCUUGACUUCCCGCCCAAUUGUUCUGCUUGCACGCAUCAUGAGAUAACGAAGAGGGCCAGUGUAUCUGGCUCGACAGCAAAAUGGCCGAAAUGUACCCCAGCAUCCCGCAGUGCGCCGCACUGGCUACUGCCUUGAAAGUGCUCCUGAUGCCAGCGUAUCAUUCGACAGAUUUCGAGGUACACCGGAACUGGCUUGCCAUCACCAACUCAUUGCCGUUGAAAGAGUGGUACUACGAGAACACUUCGGAAUGGACUCUGGACUAUCCCCCUUUCUUCGCCUACUUCGAAUGGACACUCUCACAGAUGGCGAGCUUCAUUGAUCCGGCCAUGCUUCAGGUCAAGAACCUGGGCUACGACAGUAACGCCACGGUAUACUUCCAGCGCAGUACUGUCAUCGUCACGGAGCUGGUGCUCGCCUACGCAUUGCAUCUGUUCAUCAAGUCCACCCCGCCUUCAAACAAAAAGCAAGCUCAUGCGGCAGCGCUGUCGAUUCUGCUCUCUCCCGGCCUGUUGAUCAUCGACCACAUCCACUUCCAGUAUAACGGCUUUCUGUACGGAAUCCUAAUCCUCUCCAUCGUGUUGGCUCGUAAACGAUCAGGCCUCCUCGCAAGCGGACUAAUCUUCGCCGGUCUGCUGUGUCUCAAGCACAUCUACCUCUACUUGGCACCGGCGUACUUUGUCUUCCUUCUCCGGGCAUAUUGCCUUGGUCCGAGGUCUGUGUUCGACAUCAAAAUCUUCAAUUGCAUCAAACUCGGCGUGGGCAUUGGAGUUAUUGCGGGACUGGCGUUUGGACCGUUCGUGUACCUGGGUCAAAUGCCGCAAGUCCUGAGCAGACUCUUCCCGUUCUCGCGGGGGUUAUGCCAUGCAUACUGGGCGCCGAACGUGUGGGCAAUGUACUCCUUCACAGAUCGGGUGCUUAUUUACGUGGCACCGUAUCUCAAGCUUCCUGUGAAUCCAGGUGCCAUCCAGAGCGUCACUCGCGGCUUGGUGGGAGACACUGCCUUUGCAGUCCUGCCAGAUAUCACGCCUCGCAUGACCUUCACAUUGACUCUGGCUGCUCAAAUUCCCGCCUUGCUCAAACUCUUCCUUCAACCAGACUGGCAGACGUUCGUCUCCACGCUCACACUAUGCGGCUACGCUUCCUUCCUGUUUGGCUGGCAUGUCCACGAAAAAGCCAUUCUGCUGGUGAUUAUUCCGUUCAGCCUUCUUGCGCUCAAGGACCGGCGGUACCUGGGCGCGUUUCGGCCAUUGGCUGUUGCGGGCCAUGUCAGUCUGUUCCCGCUUCUAUUCACAGCAAUGGAAUUCCCGAUCAAAGUGGUCUACACCAUUCUCUGGCUGAUCGUAAUGUUGCUGGCAUUCGACCGGCUAACACCUGCAUCAGAGAAGCCGAGGGUCUUCUUGCUGGAUCGCUUCUCCUUGCUUUACAUCGCGGUGGCAAUUCCGUUGAUUGCAUACUGCUCGCUGGUGCACCAGGUGGUUUUUGGGGCGAGGUACGAGUUCUUGCCGCUCAUGUUCAUCAGUUCGUACUCCGCCUUGGGCGUGGUGGGCAGCUGGGUGGGGUUCCUCGUUGUGUUUUACACAUAAAACAUUGCAGCAUUCAAGGGUCGGAUGGUUGGGUUGACGGACCACUGGCAUUCUGCACAAAUUGACGCCUGGUGGGGAUCGACAGAUGUCCGCACACAGAGGAAGUCGAGGAGUGCUUGUGGGUCUCUUGUCAACCAUUGACGGCAUGAUAGUGCGAUAGAAUCAUGGGUAAAAUUGCCGUAUGGGCGAAUGUCAGCAUGUGCCGGUGGUCGAGAUGAUGGAAGGCAGUACAUCGCGUGCGAUGUCGAUAUACAGCCUCUACACACUAGUCGCUCAUCAACGUUGUCAAGCAUGGCCCGAUUCCCCCGUUCUCUGCGAUCCGAAUGACUACAAACACGUUGGGUAUCGUGGCCAGCUGC